AGGAAUGAAACGCAGAAUUCGCGCUGCCGCUUAUUUCCUUCUUGUUGUUUGUUUCGGCUCUCAUUUCUACCUGUUGAUGCGUUCCGUAUCGUAUCCUUCAUCGCCAUGGAUUAUGAAGACACAAGAGCACGUAUAGUGCAAGCCCGCGAGUCCGGUGAAUUCACCGACUUCACAUUCGCUUGUAAAGGGAGAAAUAUAGAGGUUCACAAAAUCAUCAUUUGCAGCCAGUCUCCAGUCUUUCGGGCAGCGUGCGCUGGUCAGUUUAAGGAAGCGUUUUCUGGGACAUAUGAUUUGUCAUCACAUCAGCCUGAUAUGAUACAGCUCAUGGUCGACUACCUGUAUACGGGCGACUAUUAUAUCGAGAAGGACGAGACCGACGAAACCAAUACUGCAUCAAACUCCGGAGCUCUCUCAACACACGCAAUAAUGUAUGCUCUCGGGGAGGAAUAUGACAUCAAAGGGCUCAGAGAUCUUUCCGCUCAAAAAUAUUCAUGGUCCUUGGAUGAGACUCUGGAACUCGACGAGUUUCUCAAUUCCAUUCCCUUCGUGUACACCUUAACCCCAGAUAGCUCAGGAUGUCUGCGAGACCCGGCACUGGAGUUCGCAAGGAACAAGCUACGCGAUGCGGGAGGACAAUCCGAUAUCCGAGAUGCGUUUGACGAGCUACUCAUUGAAUGUCCUGAGUUCUUGAAGGAACUCUUGUACUAUUGCGUUCAAGCUCCAUCCUUUGGGUACUGCCCCUGCACUGGUCCACGGAAUAAGGUGCCAGUUGAGGCUGAAGGAUAUCGUUGCAAAGGAUGCGGCAAAGAAGGUGUAAGUCUCAACAGGCCUGUCUAGCUAAUGCAGUACAGUAGUCCAAGACUGCCUAAGAUUUAAAGAUAGAAAUAUUUAUAUGAAGU